AUGGUUUUGUUGGUAGACUUUCACUUGGCGGAACCGGCUCUCAAUCCUGGGUGGUUUCUAGCAGGGAUCUUCCUUUCCGCCUCCGACCCUACGAGUCAGGGUCUAUUUCUGAAACGUCUUGAGAGCUAUUCGGGAAGACUGUUGCGGGAAGGCAUCGCCAUACACCUGCUAGCACUGGGCAAGGCAGAGGGCAGAUGGUGGGGUCAGGCUGGGGAGUUGGGUGAGACAGACCCUGCCUUGCCCAAAGAAAGCUUUGUUUUCGUGACGCCUUUCCCUGUGUUCCCACUGUGUACAGAGGCCAAAAAACAUUGCUGGUAUUUUGAAGGACUCUAUCCAACAUAUUAUAUAUGCCGCCCUUACGAGGACUGCUGUGGCUCCAGGUGCUGUGUGCGGGCCCUCUCCAUACAGAGGCUGUGGUAUUUUUGGUUCCUCUUGAUGAUGGGCGUGCUCUUCUGCUGCGGAGCUGGCUUCUUCAUCCAGAGGCGCAUGUAUCCCCCACUGCUGAUCUAGGAGCCCGCCUUCAACGUGUCCUACACCAGGCAGCCCCCCAACGCCACUCCAGGGGCCCAGCAGCCGGGGCUGCCAUAUUACACGGACCCUGGAGGACCAGGGAUGAAUCCUGCCGGGAAUGCUAUGGCGAUGGCUUUCCAGGCCCAACCCAACUCACCCCAGGGAAGCACAGCCUACCCACCGCCCCCUUCUUACUGCAAUACGCCCCCGCCCCCAUAUGAACAGGUGGUGAAGGCCAAGUAG